GUGUGUAAUGUAACAUAUAUAUAACCGACAAAAAAUUUUCUCGUAGAAGUAGCACGCAAGCAAUUGUAGUCGCGAGCGUCAGUCUCCAAAAUAUUUUUAAAGUACAUAUAUUAUCUAAAACUACCCUCUAAGACUACCCUCAUUAGCUUCCCCCUAAAAUAAUAAUUUCAAGUGUAACUAAAAGAAAAGUGUAACAACAAUUAUAUCACAAGCUUUAAUAAACAAAAUCAUUUACUGUGUUGUUAAAAAUAAAUAAAUAAAUAAAUAACUGAUAUGUGUCUGUGUGUGUGUGUACAAAAAAGUCGGCGAUAUUUGGAUAAUGUGAUGGCAUUUACUCCAAAAUAAAAAUAAUGGAUUUAGAGGAUUUAUAAAAAAAAAACGCAUAUAUUUUACCAAAUUUUUUAUCAUUUGUUUAUAACCAUCAAAAAUAAAUAAAUAUUUAUUUUUUAUGUGAGUAGUAGUGUCGGCGCUCGCGCUAAAUUAAAAUGGCGGUCUUUCCUUGAGCAAAUUUUUGGACACACACACAUCUACAUAUAUUUCAUUAAAAAAUAAUAUAAAAAAAAGAGAGACAAACACGUUGGAAGUUUUGUGUGUCCAGUGCAUUUCAUCCCCACCAAUGAUAAAUAUUUUAAAAAAAAAUAUAUUUAAAAAAGUUUAAUAGUUAAAUUAAUUUCGAUUAGUUUUUGGAGUAAUUAUCAUUUGUUGUCUAUAUCAAAGGGACAAUUUGUAAUUAAAUUGGCUUGCUGGGGUUCUACAAAGUAAUCUACACAUAUAUAUAUAUUUAAAAUACAUGUGUAUUUAUCGUUUUUUUGUAUGUGUGUUUGGCGAAAUGUGAAACGACUCCGUUUUGUGAUUCUAAAACAACCGGUGUAAUAAUUAUAAAGUUAAAAAAAAAAAAAAAUAUAUAUAUAUUCCAUUAAUAUAAAAUUGGAAAAUUUGUUUUUUAUAGAUAAAUAAAUAACUAAAUACACACAUAUACAUGUGAUUUGAAAAAGAAAAUAAAGCAAUGGAGUGUGACACAGUAAAGUGUUGACUCAGUAUCAUUUUUCAGCGAGAUAAAAAAAAUUAAAAAAAAAAAUUAAGUUAAAACAAUAGUGUAUUGGUGUAUGUACAGUUAAACUUGUAUAUAUUUUUUUUUUUUUUUUCUUUAGUUAUUAUUUAUUUUUUAUUUUUUUGGUGGUCAGAUAUACGUGUCGCCUGGAUUAAAUAUAUACACGCGUGUAAUAAUAAUUAAAAUUUGUUAUUAAAAGUGGCGGGGAACGGGGAUUGUUAUUAUUAAAAAGUGAUAAUUAAAGUGGGUAAUUUUCUACUAGCCAGGAGGUGGUGGUGGUGGGUUAAUAUUCCAUGCCGAUGCCGGUGGAAUACCACGGUAACCACGAGAGCACAAAUUUCGGGCUCGCAACAACCGCUGGUGUUGUUGCUUCACAGGACGCCAACAACAUGACGGCAAACAUGUAUCGGGUGGGAGAUUAUGUUUAUUUUGAAACAUCAUCGACGUCACCCUAUCAAAUUCGUAGGAUAGAGGAAUUAAAUAAGACACCAAGUGGUAAUGUAGAAGCUAAAGUAAUGUGCUUCUUCAGGCGGAGGGAUUUACCCUCAACCUUGAUAAUGCUUGCCGACAAGCAUCAGUUGGCAAGCGUGGAACAGCAGAGAUCUGAAUCACCUGCAAGUACGAUGAAAAUCGAGAAUCAAGAUAUGUCAUCAAAGGAUAUGACAAGUAAAGAUGGAAUUGUAACAAAAGUCAUGAGCAAAGGGGCUGGUAAAGGUGGAUGGUUAAAAGCCCCACUUUCUGAAGCUCACGAGCCACAUGGUAUGGAUGAAAGUGUUGUUGGUGCUGGUGGUAUUGGUGAUUUAAGUACAAAACAACGUCAUCAAAUGAAACACAGAGAACUUUUUUUAUCACGUCAAGUUGAAACAAUGCCAGCAACUCAUAUUAGAGGAAAAUGUUGUGUGACAUUACUCAAUGAAACAGAAUCAUUAUUGAGUUACUUAAAUAAAGAGGAUUCAUUUUUUUACUGUCUUGUAUUUGAUCCAGCUCAACGUACACUAUUAGCUGAUAAAGGUGAAAUAAGAGUUGGUAGUAAAUAUCAAGCAGAUGGUAUAUCACUAACAUCAUUAAGUCAAACUGAACGUGAUAAUGAUUCACGUAAAUUAAGUGAAUUAGAAACAUUAGUAUGGACACCACGUCAUUCAUUAACUGAUCGUCAAAUUGAUCAGUUUUUAGUUGUUAGUAGAUCAGUUGGUACAUUUGCACGUGCUCUUGAUUGUUCAUCAUCAAUAAAACAACCAUCAUUGCAUAUGUCAGCAGCAGCUGCAUCACGUGAUAUAACAUUAUUUCAUGCAAUGGAUACAUUACAUAAACAUAAUUAUGAUGUUGCUAAAGCAAUGUCAUCACUAGUACCAUUAACUGGUCCAGUAUUAUGUCGUGAUGAAAUGGAAGAAUGGAGUGCAUCUGAAGCUAAUUUAUUUGAAGAAGCACUUGAUAAAUAUGGAAAAGAUUUUUCAGAUAUACGUCAAGAUUUUUUACCAUGGAAAACAUUAAAAAAUGUUAUUGAAUAUUAUUACAUGUGGAAAACAACAGAUCGUUAUGUACAACAAAAACGUGUUAAAGCUGUUGAAGCUGAAAGUAAAUUAAAACAAGUUUAUAUACCAAACUAUAAUAAAACACCAUCAACAACAUUAACAAAUACACCAACAAUUGGUGCAACAAUAAUGCCAAUAAUUGGUAAUAAUAGUAAUACAACAACAAAUGGUAAUAAAAAUAUAAGUAUAUUAAAUGGUAGUACUAGUAGUAAUAGUAGUAAUGGUAAUAUAAUAACAACAACAUCAUCAUCAUCAACAAAUGAUACAAGUGGUAUGUUAAUUGUUGGUGGUAAUGUUAAUGGUAAACCAUGUGAAAGUUGUUUAAAUAGUCAAAGUACACAAUGGUAUUCAUGGGGACCAUCACAUAUGUCAUGUAGAUUAUGUCAAAUAUGUUGGACAUAUUGGAAAAAAUAUGGUGGUUUGAAAUCACCAUCACGUAUUGAUGAUAAUGAUUUAGAACGUAAAAAUAAUAAAACUGUAAUAAAUUCAGAUGAUGAAAUUAAAAAUAUAAGUGGUGCACAUAGACCACAUCGUUGUAAUAUAACAACAUGCGGUAAAGAAUUUAAAUUAAAAGCACAUUUAUCACGUCAUUAUGCAAGUGUACAUGGUGUUGAUUAUCGUGGUAAUAGUAGUGGUGGUAUUAAUAAUUGUGGUAGUGGUUCACCACGUCCAGUUAUGAAAACACGUUCAGCAUUUUAUUUACGUACAUCUGUAUUAGCACGUGCUGCACGUAGAUUAUGUUCAAUACAAUUACGUAUACGUCAUUUUGCACGUUCACCACAUCAACAAAUUAAUUCAACUCCAUUACGACAAUUAUGUUUAUCACCACAAUUAACAAAUAAAACAAUUGUUGAAUUAAAAUUAAUAUCACGUGCUAAAAAAUUACGUCAACGUCCACGUGUUACUGAUAUUGCAACUAAACUUGGUGAUCAUCCACAACCAAAGACACCUGGUGAAUGGGAUUGGCUUGCAUUAACAUCACCUGGACAAAGAAAACAGCCAGAUCGUUUAUUUUUUCCAAGACCUCCAAAAGCACCAGAUGGCAGUCUCUUGUACGAAAGAAUACCAAACAAACCAGAAGUUGAAAAAAUACCAUCAACUCCACCACAACCACAAUUAUUAAAUCAAUCAGCAUCACAACCACAACAAACAUUAUUAAAACGUCCAAGACCAUUUGAUGAAAUAAAUGGAUCAGAUGGCUUUUACUCGGAUGCCGAUUGGGAUGAAGGUAUUGCCCUGAAUGCAGGGCUUGCAGGUGGACCACCAGCAAAAAGAAUUCUUCAUUCACAACAAUUACAAUCUAAACAACAUGGUAUGGAUAAUAUGCCAAUUGCACCAAUGUCAACACCACUGAAUGGCAGAUCAGUUCAUUCACAUAAUUAUCCACAUGGUGCACCAAUAUCACGUAGUAAUGCGCGCAAACAAGUUAUAUCAUGGAUGGAUGCACCAGAUGAUGUGUAUUUUCGAGCAACUGAACAAACAAAGAGACUAAGAAGGGCUUUAUCAUCAGUUGAGCUUAGAAGAUCAGCUCGUAAACCAUGGCGUAGAUUGCCAUUACCAAUAACAUCACAAAUGCCACAACCACCACCUCCACCACCACGACCAUCAUCAUCGUCAUCAUCAUCACUUCCAAUACAAUUACCACUACCAUCACAACAACAAAGAACAUCAGCUCCUUCUUCACGUGGUGGUGAUGAUCCAAGAAUGGUCGUUAUUCUCGACUGAACUGAUUCAUCAUAAGCAACAAAAGUUGAUUAAUAGAAUCAUCAAAAUGUUCAUCAGUUUAUUUGAAAAAAAAAAAAAUUAAAAACAAAAUCCAUCAUUAAUUGUUUGAUUAAUUUUUGUUUUUUUUUUUUUUUCUUUUUCAACAAUUAAAACAAUAAAUUAAUUUUAUUCAAAUAUUGAUAUUUUGUGAAUGAUUUAAUUAAUAAGAUGUGAGAUUUAUGCGCGUGUGGUUGAUUGAAUGAUUAUGAUUUGGAUAAAUUUUAUUUUCUGUUUUUUUACGAUAAAUUUAUAAGGGAAACGGAAAAAUUGUAAAAAAAAAAAAAUGAAACAUGAUUGAUUCAUUCAAUAAGACAUGAUAUAGAAAUUAGUAAAGAAAAAAUAAAUAAAUAAUUGCUUAUGAAAAUCAAGCUUCAAUUAAAAUUAAAAUUUUUAAUAAACCAAAACGUAAUUAUACAACAAAAUUGAUGAUGCGAAUGAUAGAUAAAAUUUGUCAGCUCUCUUUGUCUUUGUCUAGUUUUUUUUUUAUAUUUGUUGGUAUGAUAUACAAUUUCUUGAUUAAAAAUUAAUAAAAAAAAAAAAGAGCUAAAAUCAAUAUUGAAACAUUCAUGUGAAAUUCAAAAGAAAUAAACAAAUAAAUAAAACUAUUUCCUCAUCGGUAUUAACUAAUUAUUGUUGUUCAUGAUAAUAAUAAUUAUUAAUUAAUUAAAUGUAAAUAAAUCUCAUACAUCCAUAAAUAAAAAUAAAAAUUGGAUAUCCGUAAGUAUGAUGAAAUUUAUAAGACAAAUUCAGCUGUUUUUUUUUUUUUUAAUAUAUAAAUUACACAUUUAUACAUGGUUACAGCGAUGUAACCGUGCGUAGUCCGAAUAUACGCAGAAUCAUGAUAUUUAAUUGUGCUGAAUACGUACAUAAGCACUGUUUUUUUUUGUUUUUUGUUGUUUUCUAGAAUUUGUAGAAAACUGUGACACUGGUGUAUUAAGCAAAAUGUUUUUUUUGCUAUUGUCAACACAUGGUAUGAAUGCAUAGACUGAGAAAUGAAUGAAAAAUAAAUAAGUUAAAAAAUAAUGAAAAAAAAGGUAAUAAGGAAUAA